CCGGCGGAAGGGGAAGGAGGAGGGACGCGUGGAAAUGCGAGCUUUCUGAACCGGCGCGAGCGAGCUAGCGGAGCGGAGCGGAGCGAGCAGCAGUGAAGCAUGGUGGAGAGCCAAGAAAACCCUAAGCCCUCCUCCAAGAAAUCAUCUGCGAGUGGCUCAAUCGACAUAUAUGCCGUGCAAUGUGGGAAAUGCUACAAAUGGAGGGUGAUCGACUCACAAGAAGAGUACGAAGACAUCAGAAGUAACUUCUUGGGGAACCCCUUCGUUUGCAGCAGGAAACCCGGCAUUUCGUGCAAGGAUGCGGCAGAUAUAGAGUGUGAUGCAUCUAGAACGUGGGUGCUUGACAAGCCAAACAUACCAAAAACUCCAGAAGGUUUCAAGAGAAGCCUGGUUCUGCGAAGAGAUUUCACCAAGUUAGAUGCUUACUACAUCGCGCCUUCCGGGAAGAAAAUGAGGACCCGCAAUGAGAUAGCGGCUUUCUUGGAAGCAAAUCCUGAAUACAAAGGCGUGUCCAUCUCGGAAUUCAGUUUUCACUGCCCCAAGAUAAAGGAAGACACCAUUCCGGAGCAUGUCGAGAAGAGAGUUUCCGGCGGUGGCAGUGGUAGUAAUAAGAAAUCUAAAACAAUGAAAGAUCAAGAAUAAGCAGUUGCUGGUGAUGGGUGCUCGGUUCUACUUAGGAAAGCUGUUGUUUAACGUAGUAUGUUCAGUGUGAUUAGCAUGGUGGGGUAAUUUUUGGGGGAUCUCCAGGCUGGGCUCUCUGUUUGUUCCCUGGCAUGCACUUGAAUCUAAUUUACGUAUGGACGUCGUGAGAGCAAGUGCUUUGUGUGUUCCUGUGGGUUAAUAUUUUCUUCCAAAAUGCGAUUAGAGGGUACUCCAGGAAAGGAAGCUUGUUAAUUCAAAGCCAGAACUGAGAAACUUGGCUCGAAGUUUUAGCAGGAGUAUUCCUGUAAGCGCGUUUGCUUGACAGAAUUUGGAGUGCCUCUUGCAGACACCAACUAAUGCCUAGAGUUUCAUUUUGGAAUGGUGAUUGAGUGCACUCUUGAGAUGUUCUAGUGCAACAUGAUACAGAUUUUUUUUAAAGUGUUGUAUGUUGGAAGUUCAUUAAUGUCUUCAUAUAAGAAAUUGGCCCAUAAGCUGGCUAUCGUUUGCCA